AUGGCCGACCAAGACCUCCUCACCUACGCGCAAGACGCCGCCUCCCGCGGCGACGACCUCUUCUCGAUCCUCGGCACCGACGCCACCGCCUCCUCAUCCGACAUCCGCCGCGCCUUCCGACGCAAAGCCCUCACCGCGCACCCGGACAAAGCCGGCGACGCGUACGAUCCGCAACUAUACGAGCGCCUCGAACGAGCGCGCGAUGUACUCACCACCGCCGAGGCGCGCGCGGUGUAUGACAAUGGCAUGCGCGCGCUGCUGCAGAAGAGAGUGGAGAGGGAGCAGAUGUCGGAGAAGAGGAGACGGUUGGUGGAGGAUUUGGAACGGAGGGAGGCGGAGGCGGCGAAGAGGGUGAGGAUGGAGGGGGGCGCGGUGGGGCCGGAGGCGCAGGAUAUGGAGAGGAGGGCGAUGGCGGCGAGGGGACGGGCGAAGAUGGAGGAGAUGAGAAAGAAAAGGGAGGAGGCAGAGGUUAGGGAACGGUUGGCGGGGGAGAGGAGUGCUGCUGCUGCUGGUGCUGCUGCGAGGGAGGCGGCAGUACCACCGCCAAAACCUGAUGCCACGGCAGAUACGACACAAACACAAAUACAAAAACAAACACAAAAACAAACACAAAUACCAGACGACGGCCCAACGCCGGGCGAACAAGACUACGACUCGCGCAUCGCAGACCUCGAGAAACGGCUGCGAGAAUCGCAGCAGCGCAAGGCAGAGAAACAGCAGCGCAAGGAGGAGCGCAGGGCAGAGAAGAAGACGAGAAAGGGGUCACCGCAGGCACAGGCACAACCACACCUGGCGCACGAGACCACACACACACAUAACUCCCAUCACCCUUCCGCAGCGCACGCAGAACCACAGGCUGACGAAGAUAGGGUGUCUGCGCCUGGUGAGAAGACGACGACGACGAAGACGACGACUACGGUAUCAACAGAAUCGGAAACGGGAGCGGGAGAAACAGGAGCAGCAGAAACAUCAGGCGCACCCAAAGCGAGUGACAAGUUUGCGUCAACGCUGGCUCGGUUACGGGCGGCUCAGGCGAAACGGGAGGAGGAGAAGAGGAGGGCUGCUGCUGCGUAG